AUGUCUCUCUCAAACGAAGAUUGGGAGGAGCUCCGCCAAGACAUCCCAUCCGUCUCUGAUCCGUUCAUCACACAGUAUAUCAAAGGCCGUGACGCCCUCAUUGCCCAGGAGCACAAGAGCCGCGCCGACGCCUCCUUCAAAGCCGCCGCGUCUCCCAUCGCUCGGCGCGCAGCAGACAUCGUCUCCCGCAUUCGUGACGAGGAGAAGCGGACGAUAUGGAACGCCCAAACGGAGGAGGACCUCGCCACUACCGAAGGGCUGGCUCCCUUCCCGGGCAUGAUGUUUACGCUCGCCAAGCAGCGCCUCGAGACGACCCGGCUGUGGCGCAUCGUGCAGAAGAUGCCAAAGGGCUCGCUCUUGCACUCCCACUUGGACGCCAUGGUGGACUUUGACUUUUUGUUUGAUGUCCUGCUUAAGACGCCUGGUAUUCACUUUGCUGCGGACGAGCCCCUGUCGAACGAAUCGGCGAGGUCGAAUGCUGGCGUACACUUUCGGUACAGAAAGGCUGAAACGAGUUCAAAGCCCGUCUGGGAGGAGGGAUAUGUGCCGGGCGAGUUUCGGCUGUUGACCACGGCGGCGGAUGAGUAUCCCGAUGGUGGAAGGACGGGGUUCCUCAAGUGGCUCAAGACGCGCUGCACAAUCACCUUGACGGACACCUAUGAGCAGCAUCACGGCAUCGAUGCUGUCUGGCGCAAGUUCAUCUCGUGCUUUGGCGUCACCAACACCAUUAUUCACUACGAGCCAAUCUUCCGUGCUUUCCUCAAGAGAUUAAUGGCGUCUCUAUUGGCAGACGGCAUCUACUGGAUCGAGCUGAGAUUCACUUGGCCGCUCAACUACUGCCGCGACCAGCAAGAAGUACCGGAAAAGGACUACAACCACAUGUUCCAAGUAAUGGAAGAAGAGCUCGCUCUCUUCAAGUCUGACCCGGCCCACGCCGCCUUCUGGGGCUUCCGCACCAUCUGGACCACCAUCCGCCACCUCCCCGUCCGUGACAUCAUCGAGAGCAUGGACAACUGCAUCACCACCAAGAUCUCCUGGCCCCACCUCGUCGCCGGCUACGACCUCGUCGGCCAAGAAGACCUCGGCCGGCCCCUCCGCGACCUCCUCCCGGAACUUUUCUGGUUCCGCAAGCAGUGCGCCCAGGAAGGGGUAAAUCUCCCCUUCUUCUUCCACGCCGGCGAGACCCUCGGCGACGGCGACGAGACGGACCAGAACCUCUACGACGCCAUCCUCCUCGGCACGCGGCGCAUCGGCCACGGCUUCUCCCUCUACAAGCACCCAUUGCUCAUCGACAUGAUCAAGGAAAAACGCAUCCUCGUCGAGUCAUGCCCCAUCUCCAACGAGGUCCUCCGCCUCUGCGGCUCCAUCAUGUCGCACCCCCUGCCCGCGCUGCUCUCGCGCGGCGUCUCGUGCGCGCUGUGCAACGACGACCCGGCCAUGCUGGGCCAGGACACGGCGGGCAUGUCGCACGACUACUGGCAGGCGCUGCAAGGGUGGGAGAACGUCGGCCUGCUCGGGCUGGGCUCCAUGGCGGAGAACAGCGUGCGGUGGUCCGCCUUUGAGGACGAGACGCCCGCGGAGUGGACCGAGGGGAUCAAGCAGGCGAGCCUGGGGUCCGGUGUCAAGGCGCAGAGGCUUAAGCUCUGGGAGACGGAGUGGGAGAAGUUCUGCCUUUGGGUCGUGGAUGAGUUUGGUGACGAGGCGGACAAGGCGUGA